UAAUGCUGCUUGCUGAUUGGCUAGUCAGUUGCACAAACGGGACAGCCAUUUUGAUUGUGGCGUGUAUGUACACGGGUUUCCGAGUGGUAUUGAGUGUCCGAAUAUGUGUGUAUGGCUAGUAAUAUUUGUGAAGUGGAAGUAGAGAAAGAGCAUAGGGAAUCAGUGAGAAAACCAUAACGCUUUGUAUAUAGAGUAAAAGUAAACGAUAGAGGACUGGGUAUCAUGCCAUGGGUAGCAUGGGGGGAGGGUUGUAAGAAGUUUUUCACAUACGAACUUCAACACUCACACAUUACCAAUCUCAAAUACAUAUGAUUGUGAGUCACAUCGCGGCCAGAGGAAAAUGGGAAUGGUGAAUUAAAACAGAGCCUGUGCAGAGACUAAAAUUUGUGUGUGGUUGGGAUAUUUCCUACGGAGCUGCUGCUGUCUAUUUGAAUUUGGAGGCUAUCAAAUACGGUUCUCUCGGUGAACUUUUGUCUUUUCGCAGCAGUUUAGUGGGUGAACAAAUUUACCUAAAAAUUGCAUGAAUUGGAUACACAGUGGUCUUAUAGUGUAUUUUUCUUCAGUGAAUUGAGAAAUAUAUUGGUCGUGAGAGUGCAAGUAUCCCAAGAAGUGUAUGAGACAAUUGAGGAAUUUUCAAUUGUUGAUGUGUCUUGUCGGUGCAGCAUCUAUGCUGUCGAUAUCAUCAAAUGAUAUCACCUUCUGCAAAGAAGAUAAUUAGAGAAUAUUAAUGGAAUUCAUCACAAAUAUAUGUUGGAGGAAAUAAUCGUGGUAGAAUCUGAAGAGCUGGGAUUGAGUUCCUUCAGAAACAGCAGCAGCAGCAACAGCAACUCAAAUGUCCAUGCCGUCAACAUCGUCUGUAGCAGGAGGUCCGCCAGAUACCAACCGACAGCUUUUUAGCGUAAAGCAAGAGAGACACGACGAAGCGGAGAUUUUAGAAUUGGCUGCCAAAAUGAUGGAGAGUCACAAGGCACAAAUGACAAAAGCGGUCCAACAGCAAGCAAUGCAACAGCAAAUGCGUUCUGUCAAUGUGAUCAAUAGCACAGGUCAGACGAAUAUAUUGAAUUAUUUCCCAAGAAAAACCUCACAGCAAGGAUCAUCAUUACAAGCAGCCGGAACAAGUUCAUCAAUUGUUCCAACUAGUACACCGGCGACAUCGUCAACGGCAACUGCAUCGAAUGGUGCUUCAAUUGCAAAUGGGAAACAGCCAAAUGGUGAUACAGCAUCGUCUGCAAGUCCUGAUGGAAGUGGUGAGAAGAAGGCAUGUGAUGAGGAGAGUCAGAAAGGUCACUUUGGAUGGCAUACUUUUAACAAAUCCAUCUAUAUACCAUAUAUCCUGAGAUCUGGAGAAAAGUACUGCGCUGUGCGUAUCGUGGAGAGCAAACUUCUCAACAAGUACUUGAACUAUCUGCACCAUGAUAUAUACAGCUGCACAUGCGUUCGCAGUUAUUACAUUACUGAGGCUGAGGGUCGACUUCUAAAUGAGAUCAAUCAUAAGCAUAGCGAAUCCCACUAUGGACGGGAAAUGUUCACCGUAAAAGAUUUGGUAGUUCGACUGUCAGAUGUAAGCAAAUUUUGGACAUUCCUUGAUGUCUGCUACAAAAAGCUUCUUAUGGGAAAUAAUGUGCAAGGACAGUCAGAGAAAUGUGGAUUUAUCAGGAUUAACAAAGAAUCCGUAGUUCCUUAUACCGUUCGUGAUGGACAAAAGUUUGUUCCAUUGUUUUAUUUUGAAGGUGAGACGGAAAAUCUUAAGUUGAAAGCUGACAAUUUGUCGGGCUGGGAUCUCUCCUAUUUGAAAUUUUGCUGUAAAGUUCAAGGCAUUCGUAAUGAAUUAUUUGCCAGUGACAAAGUCGCUGUGAUCAGUUUAACUGACAUCAAAAGUUACUUUCCCCCCGGCACACAGUUUGAGGAUUAUUGGCCAAAUAAGGUGGUGGACACACAAUUAUUGGUGCAAAAGUCUAAUACCAAUAGUUCAGUACAUUGGACCAGACAACCUACAGCGCCUCCACCAAAACCGUCCGUCAGUACUCAGCCGAAGUCUGUUCCAGCAAGAAAACAAGCAACAUCUGUGUCCUAUGGAAAUACCGCCAUGUCACCGGUCAACAUGCAACAAAGACUGGCUGGCCAAAUGGGAAGCACUAAUACUCCAGUUGUAUCUAAUGUCUGGUCAAAUUUGACGAGUGUCCCAGGUCUAAAUCUCACACCUGGACAACAGGAACAUGUUCUAAGGAUGGCGCAAGCAGCUCAACAAGCACAAACGCAAAGGGGAUAUCCAACUACAAGAUCUCAGGUUCAAAAUAUUAUGCAGCGGCAACCCUACAAUGUGAACUUUCCACCAGCAGCAGCUGCAGCAGCAGCCAUGUCAGCAAUGAGUGGACUUUCAUCCAGCUCAAAUCAGGUGCCCCCACCUCUGAUUAGAGGUGCGCAGCAAGCACCAACUAGUCAUCAUAUGUCUAGUUGUGUUACUGGUCCACCAUCAUUACGCUCUAGUAAUAGUCUGACGAUAAAUCCUGUUGCCACUCCUUCCCAUCUAUUGCCUCCUCCACCGCCCUACAGUGCAUCUAAUGCUUACCUUCAUGAUUAUCUGCUGGCGAAUGUAUCGUCAGUGUCACCAAAUACCAGCCCUUUUGCUAAUAGUAGCAAAACAUCGUACAAUUCAUCCAUAUAUAAUAACAACAACAGUGAUUUUCUAUUGAAUAACAACGAUUUGAAUGUUUUAUAUUUGAAAACGCCGGUAUCAUCAACAACGAAUCUGCCGGUGGGUUCACCGGCACGUGCAUCACCAAAUCAAAAUAACAAUGUUUCUGCGAGUGGUGAAACAAAACAGCCACCACCACCUUUAAUUCCAAUGCCAAAUACCAAUAAUAGUGAUACAUUAAGUAGUAUACGGGAUACUUUACAACAAUUGCGAAAUUUAAAAUCACUUACUACAACUUUUUUGCCGGAAAAUGUCCCAAUUCCUAAUUCCUACAAUAGUCCAUCUCCUUCCUCACAUGUCACCGAUGUGAAAUUGCCAAUCCCUUCCUUUCUUCCAUUACCAAUGGCAUCGGUGGCACAAAAUUCCAUCUAUACCAAUGCACUCCACUCUUCCGUCACCCUCGACAACAGACAAACGAAAAGCGUAACUAUGUCAGCUACGGAUGUAAUCGAUCUGUCUUCCCCUCCAAGGUCGGCUGCCAGUUUACUUCAUCACCAGCAGCAGCAACAACAGCAGCAUCAUCAUCAGCAGCAACAUCAUCAACAACAACAGCAACAACAGAUGCAACAGCAGCAUCAGCUACAGUUACAUCAGCAGCAACGUAGUCAACAAAUGUUGACUAAUGGCCGUUGUAGCAAUACUCCUCAGAAUUUGAUGCAUGGUGUGCCAUCAGCCACUAGUGCUGCUGCUCAAGUGGCAGCUAUGCAGCAACAUCAAAGGCAAUCGACGGUGGAUGCAUCUCGCCUCUCUGCAAUCCCCGAGAUGGUGUCACAUAAUGGGAAUGUUCCAUAUAAAAUGCAAAAGGCACAAAUUGAUGGGUGCACUGUUCCAUGCAUCAAUAUGAAAGCCUACACACAUAAUGAAUUGCUCAUGACUUUGGCAGAUCUCAAAGAUAUAUUUUUUCCACACAUGACACUCGAGAACUGCCGAAAAGUACUCGAUGUCCUGAAUGUGGAGUUGUAUAAAGGAAACAGGAGUCAAUUGAAAGUAUUCCAAGAAUAUGGUCACCAUGGAAUGGAGAAUAUGGCUCUAGUGUUGGUGCGUGAUAUCAUUAAUUUCAUGCCACAACUUAAGUAUAUGGUGCGAAGUCAACCUCAGGAGCAGCCUGCACACAAGAGGGCAAGGAUCAGCUAGGAAACGGGGUGGGGGGUAACAACAAGCCCCCAGAAUGCAAUUGUUUCCGGGGAAAAUCACACAAAUAUCACAAAAAGCAAUGACAAUAAUGGAAAUAGUGGUACCAGUGCUAAUUUGUGUAGCAACAGUAGCAGUAACAUUACUGGAAAUCGAGGUACAACAGAUAGCAGUGGAAAUGAGAAUUCAUGGAGAAAUAUCUUGUCAGAUUUUUCUGCGCAAUAUCCAAGUGUUAGAACAAGUUUAGCAUUAGAGACGGCUGAAAAGGCUCACAAUUUGGCUCAAUUGACACAAUUUCCAUCACCACCAGUACCUCCUAGUAACUACCAUCAUCAUCAUCACCAUCAUGAUGGUAGUAAAAAAUUGUAUUCGGCAUGUCGCUACCAGAAUGAGAAGCUCGAUUACUAUUCACCAUCAGCUCUGGCUGUGGCUGCUAGUUACAAUGCUAUGAGCUAUCCAAAUACAGAAACAGUUGCAGCGUCAGUGAACAGAAAUUCAUCAUACAUUCCGCCACCGUCACCGUUUUCAUCAUUGAAUGAACAUCAUCAUCAGCACAUUCAGCAGCAUCAGCAAAAUGCUAUAUAUGCGGCUGCUGUUGCCGCCGCGGCGUCUCAUUUUCCGGCUGGGGCAACAACUGGUGGUGCAUCGGGUGGUAGUGCAUCUAGUGGUGCAUGUGUUGCCGGAAACAAUUCUUAUCAUUUACAAGUGCCAAAUGUGGCUGGAUCUGUUCACGACACGGGGGCAGCACGUUCAUGUGCUCUACCAUCGCCCACAAUCUAUCCCCCCACACCCCCACCGUCGGCACCAUGGGUGCAUCCAUGGUUUGUGGGAGACUCAUUUUAAAUCAACACUUCAUAAAUGUAUGUAUAUUUAAUUUAAAAAAAAAUAUUCCUGCAAAUAAAAAAAAAUCGAAUAGUUCAUAAAAUGAGAAGGAAAACUAUUACACAAAUCUAAUGAAUCUAUUCAUUAAGAAAACUUUGUUGUAAAUAUAAAAUAAGUUUUAAAACUGUCUUAUUUAGCGUAACCUAAAAAGGGGCACAUAGUAGAGUACUUCUCAAUGUAUACUAUAAUUUACUAUUAAAUUAUUUCCUAAAUUAUUAGUUAACUAGAAAAAAAACUGGAAAAAUCAAAGGACUGAAUUUAUUUAAAAUAUAAUAAAUAGGAAAAGAACAUGGAUGAAAUACAUGGUUACACAUCGAUUUCUUGUAACAUCCUUUUUGAUUUGAUUUUUUAUUGUUAAAAUUAUUUUUAUGGAGAUUAAUUCAGUAAUUAAAUGUACGGUAUUUGCGGUCACAGAAAUUCAAUAAAACAUCAUGAAUUGAAUAAAUAUGAUUCAUACUUUUCGUCAUAUUUUUUUUUUUCAAACUUUGAAUCAAGAAAAAUUUAAGUUGCUGUGUAAUUUUAUUUGACGAGUAAAUUUAAUACGAAAAAAACAGAUGCAAGCAAACUGAAAUAAAUUAUAUAAAAAAUAAUCAUGGUGAACAAGCGAAAAAAGGAUCUAUGUAUUCAUAUAAGCAACUGUUCUUUGUAUAAACCAUUUAUCUCCAAUAUUACAAUUGAAAUAGUCAAAGAGAUAUGCUAUAAAAUGAUGGCAAAAAGGAUAUGAAGAAGAAUUUUGUUGAAUAUUAUGUAGUACCAUAAUAUUGAGAAAUAUAAAUGCAAUCUUCGUAUUUGAUGUUACCGUAACACAAAAUGUCUUGAAUGACUGCAAAAAUAUCAGUGACAGAGAAAAACAUUAAAAAAAAAAUCAAUUUGCAAAUUUAAAUGAAAUGAAUAAAUGAAAGACAAAAA